AUGUCUAUACCGACAAUUGAUCUGAGCAAAGCGGAGAUUUCAGUGACUCGGACUGAACUACUCAAGGAGUUGCGCCAUGCCCUCCUCGAGGUCGGUUUCCUUUAUUUGACCGGUUACAGCGUCGACCAGUCUACCAUUGAAGACCUUGUGCGUGUCUUGCCCUAUCUAUUUGGUUUGCCGGAAGAAGUGAAGGAGUCAGUCGCGCUCGUGAACUCUCCUCACUUUCUUGGUUAUAGCAAGUUUGGUUCCGAGACUACUGCCAAAGUCCAGGAUCAUCGAGAACAAUUCGAACAUGCGAACGAGUUGAAGGGUAGAUACGACCAGGACGAUACUUUGCCACUAUACACCCGAUUGCAAGGUCCGAAUCAAUGGAUCAAGUCAUCAACCAGUGUCCCAGGACUGCGAGGAAAGGUGGAAUCCUACAUCACAGCUUUGCAGGAAGUGGCAUCCCAGUUUCUCUCGCUGGUGGAAGAAGCAUUGGACUUGCCGCACGACAGUCUGGCCUGCUUUACUGGGCCUCAAGACAGGUUGAAGCUCGUUCACUACAGGCCCUCCUCGACAGAUGCAACGCUAGACGCACAAACACAAGGCGUUGGACCUCACAAAGACAGCUCAGGCUGGAUGACGUUCCUACUACAGGCUUCGGACCCAUCGAUCAAGGGACUUCAAGCGCUGUCGAAGAGUGGCGAGUGGCUUGACGUUCCAUCUGUGCCGAACACGCUGGUCGUCAACAUGGGCCAGGCCUUUGAGGUUGUCACGAACGGCGUGUGCAAAGCUACGACGCAUCGUGUCCUGCUCCCCCCUGGCGACUAUGAUCGCUACAGUGUCCCCUUCUUUCAGGGGGUGCGCCCUGAUUUGACCAAAAGAGACCUCCAGGCCUUGUGGCAGCACUUUGACCAGGACCGAUGGCACACGAGAGAGUCGGCAGAAGGCCAGAGGAUCGAUAGUCCGUUCCUUCAAGGGCAGUACGACACCUGGGGCGAGGCACAGCUGAGAACGAAAAUCCGAAGUCACAGAGACGUGGGGAGAAAGUUUUAUGCAGAUGUUUUUGACAAGUACAUCAAUGACAGUUGA